UGGAGUUGCAUCCACGGCGGUGAUGUGUGAGUGUGAUGUGGUUUAUCAGACAACAUGAAACAUUCAUCCUGGAGCCAUUCUGCCUCCGCGCCAAAGACAGAGAGAUAACACCGCUUCACUUCCUGUGUUGGAUGUAUGAUUCGUUAACCACAUCACCUGUUCCAACUAAAGCAGUCACUGAGUUUCUGCAGACGUCUGGCUUUGUUCUAACAACCACAAGAUGCAUACGAAUAGCUUAGUCAAUCAGUUGACAAGCAUCUCCAGCAUGUGUGACGUGGACGUAUCGGAGCCCACCAGUCCCACGCUCCUGGAUGGCGAGUCUUCAGACCAGUACUAUCACGUGGACCGUUGGCAGAAACUUCGCACAGCCGUGCGCAAGCUGGACUUCUGGGAAAACUUCAGCGCUGAGCUCAUCGGGAGUGGCUUCUUCUCCAAGGUCUACAAAGUUGUCCACAGUACAAGCCACAAGGUGAUGGUGGUGAAGAUAUACAAAAACGAUGUGGACCAAGACAGCAUCGUACGUGAAAUCAGCCUGCUACAGAAACUCUCCCAUCCCAACAUCGUCAGAUAUGUGGGAAUAUGUGUUAAGGAAGAGAAGCUCUAUCCCAUUUUAGAGUAUGUGAAUGGCGGUUGUCUGGAGGAGCUCCUCGCUAGGAAAGAUGUUCCCCUGGAUUGGAAAGAGAAGGUGGACCUCGCCUGCGAUAUCAGCAGAGGAAUGAUCUACCUGCACUACAAGAAUAUUUACCACCGAGAUCUCAACUCAAAAAACUGUCUGAUCCGAGUGACGUGUCGAGGUCGGGAGGCCCUGGUGACGGACUUUGGCCUGGCCAGAGAGGUGGUGGAGUUGCCGGUCAAAGACGCAGGCAGGAAGCUCUCGUUGGUGGGCUCUGCAUUUUGGAUGGCUCCUGAGAUGCUUCGAGGGGAGCUGUAUGACCGAAAGGUGGAUGUUUUCUCUUUCGGAAUAGUGUUGUGUGAAAUCCUGGCCAGGAUUCCUGCUGACCCAGAGAUACUGCCCAGAACCAAGGACUAUGGGCUGGAUGAGAAUGCAUUCAAGGAGAUGCUCACCGACUGUCCUCAGCGUCUUUUACAACUGGCAGCCAGCUGUUGUAUGGUGGAGUCCUUCAGACGGCCAGCAUUCACAGAGUUGUUAGACCACUUAGAAGAAGUUGCAGAGAGCCUGGAACCGCCGCCAACAUUUCAUCUGACCACCACCUGACUCGCCUUGACCCUCAAUCACUGGAGGGACCGCCUGAUGACAAACAAUCACAGUUUGAAUAUUUUUCAAAUAUGAUAAGUAUAUUAGGGGCGAUGCGAAUGAACUGUGGGGAAAAUAUGUAUUUGAUCCACCACGGUCCAUCGUUGUUAUGCUAACGUGAAUGAUAAAAAAAAACAUGAUAUAAACGUUAUAAAUACAUAUUUUGAUUGAAAUAAAAUAAACAACUUUAUUAAAAUAUCAUAAAAUGAUAUCAACACACAUUGAUAGAAAGCACUGUCAGAGACAGUGUGAGGGAAUUUAUUAAUUCUAUUUAGAUAAUACAUACUGUAAGUCUAAAUAAUGACAAAUAUGUCAUAUUACAUACAUACCCUAUAUUAUGAUGAAAAUAUAAUAUUAUUAUGAUGUAAAAUGUUAUUUUAUAUACCUGUAUAUGAAUUAGAAUGAAUAUUUAAACUAUCAAAGAUACACUGAAAGUGUAAGGAAAUCUAAAUUAUGUUAUCUAAAUAAUUAAAAUAAUUAUGUCAUAAAUAUCUUAUAUUGAAUUUAUUGAAAUUGAUAAAUAUUUUAACUAUGUGAAAGAAUUUACUAAAUAAAAUGUAUUCUAAGCAAUAACGAUACUGUAUUAUUAUAUAUUUAGCAAAUAUAUAAAAUGUAACAAUAAUGGCAGUCAUAAGUAUUUCAAUAUUUAAAUAAUAUAAUGGGCGUAUGUAGUUUUUAUAUAAUAAAAUAUAAUAUAUAUACUGUAUAUAUAGGCAGUGUAGCUAGGAUGCACAUAAUGAUCUGCUUUUUUGUGCUAAUAUACUUUUCACGUCCCAAACUAAUGACAUCUUUGAUAUUGUCCACAUUGUUUGUAUUAUCUGUCUAAAAAUGUGACCAAUAAAGUUUGAAUAUAGCAUUUGCACCUGGAA